AUGGAGGUUAGAGCGGGUCAGCAGACAAGGCUGUGGCAUGACUGCUGGUUAGGUGACUGUCCAUUGAAAGUCAGAUUUCAUAACCUAUUCCGAAUUGCAACUAAUCCUGACAUAGCAGUCGCUAAAGCUUUUGAGCAAGGACAAUGGUCCAUCUCGUUUAGGAGACAACUUAAUGAUAACCUAAGAGAAGACUGGCAAGAUCUCCAAGACAUAUUGAGUGAGGUUCAGCUAUCAGAUGGUACAGAUGUAGUUCGCUGGGCAUGGGAAAAGUCAGGAAAAUACUCUACGAGUUCUCUAUACAAAGCAAUGAUCUGUGGAGGUGUCACUGAUACUAGAGCUAUGAUGAUCUGGCAAAGUCCCAUUCCAUUGAAGGUUAAGAUAUUCAUCUGGAUGGCCAUACAUGAUAGAAUCCAGUGCGGAGUUCAGUUAAAAAAGAAGAAGUGGUCAGGCCCGGAGAAAUGUUUUGUUUGUGAUAAACAUGAAACAUCUGAUCAUAUACUUUUCCAAUGUCCUUUGGCUAUUUUCCUGUGGUCAUUCUUGCGGGACUGCUUGGGGUGGUCUGUGUCACCAACCAGCUGUUCCACGCUGUUCUUAGAGAUCGUGGAAAGAUGUCGGGGUGCACUAUGGUCCAUUUGGAAGUCUCGCAAUGAUGUGGUAUUCAACAAGAAGAUCGUGACGUCGCCGAGUAUCCCAGUCCAGGGCUCGAUCCUUGGUGAUGAAGUUCUUCCUCUGAUUGAGACAACCCAAUGUCCAAAACCAUCCCAUGGAUUUUUCUGA